AUGGAGACGCACCAGCUCAAACCAGCCGCAAUCGGUUCCGGCCGGGGUGUCGUGGGGGGGGAGGGGCUGGGGCUCGGCGACCGCCAACCCCGGCCCAAGAGCGCCGGGAGCGGUGAGGGAGGUGGGGAGGGAGGGGGCGCGGGCCCGGAAACGUCAGUGCAGACGAGCGUCCGCGCGUGCCCGCCCGCCUGCGCCCCGGCCUCCCCGCCCCGAGCGCCCCGCCCGGCCUCGCGCCCCGCCACGCCCUGCGCAGGUCUGCGCACGCGCAGUAUGCCUCAGGCCGGGCCGGCCGCGACCCGGAGCCAACACGCGCACGCGCGCCGUGCCACCCGCGAGUUGCCGCGUCUGGGCUUGAACGUCGUUGGAUUUCGGCAUCCGAGCCAAGCAAAACUGUUUCUUUCACUCAGCGGAGAAACGGAUCGCGGUUGUAGAAAUGUGGUGGGGGGCCGGGGCCAGAGUUUCAACAUCGCCCCCAAGAAGGAGGAACCAGAGAUGGGGCUCUCUGGACCAAAGUCUGCCAGGGCAAACAGGAUGCCAGAGCCAAGGACUCGUCAGUUUGGCAGCUGCCUGACCUCUGGCUACCUCCCAGGGGAGCAGAUCCUAGCGUGGGCUCCAGGGCUCAGGAAAGGUCAGGACCCAGAACUGCCUGGAACACUGAUCUGCACCAACUUUAGGGUCACCUUCCAGCCUUCUGGAUGGCACCGGCAUCAGGACACUACCCUGAACACUGAAUACAAUUUUGCCCUGAUCAACAUUGGACGCUUAGAGGCUGUGAGUGGCUUGUCCCGAGUUCAGCUCCUCCGUCUAGGUUCGCAGCUUAAAUUCAUCCCCGAGGAGAUUGUGAUCUAUGGCCGAGACUUCCGGCUGCUCAAAGUUGGUUUUGAGGCUGGAGGGCUAGAGCCUCAGGCCUUUCAGGUAACUGUGGCCAUUGUUCAAGCCCGAGCUCAGAGCAGUCAAACCCAACAGUACAGAGCAGUAACCCUGAGCACAGCUGGCCAGGCUUCUGGCUCCAGAAAACCUCCCAUUCCUCUCUUGGAGACUUCAGAAGAUUGGGAAACUGAGCUGAAGCAGCAGGGUGCCACGGGCUGGAGGGUGAGCACCGUCAACGAGAGGUUCGACGUAGCUACCAGCCUUUCCUGCUACUUCUGGGUCCCGAAUGGAGUUCUGGACAGUGUGGUCAGGAGAGUAUUUGACCACUUCCACCAGGGCCGUGGACCGCGUUUGUCCUGGCAUCACCCUGGGGGCAGUGACCUUCUGCCAUGUGGCAGCUUCUAUACAACCAGUGACCCUAAUAAGGAAGAUAUCAGAGCCAUGGAGUCGAUGCUCCAGGCUGGCCAUUCGGAAGUUGUUUUGGUGGACACUGUGGAUGAGAUGCCUAGUCUUGCAGAUAUCCAGCUUGGUCACUUGAAGCUGAGGGCAUUUUGCCCUGUAGCCGAUGAUAAAUGGCUUUCAGCUCUGGAAGGAACGCGAUGGUUGGACUUUGUCAGAUCUUGUCUUCGGAAGGCCAGUGAUGUCUCUGUUUUAGUGAUGUCCCGGGAUCGUUCUGUGGUUCCUCAGGCUCCGGUGUUCCUCCUCUUCCUUGACUGUGUCUGGCAGCUCCUUCAGCAGUUUCCAGCUGAAUUCGAAUUCUCCGAGUUUUUCCUUCUUGCUCUGCAUGACAGCGUCAGAGUUCCCGACACCCUUACCUUUCUGAGGAACACCCCCUGGGAGCGUGCGAAGAAGAGUAGGCAGUUCAAUUCCUAUACACAAGUUUACACCCCAGGGUACUCCCAGACUCCAGCUGGGAACUCUAUUAACUUGCAGCUGUCUGUCUGGGACUGGAAUUUACGCUACAGCAAUGAACAGAUAUUGCAGUUCCAUAAUCCUUGCUAUGAUCCAGAACACCACCCAGAUGCCUGGUGUCCUAGACAGCAGGGUUACUGCUCCCUGGAUAUCUGGGACCCCAGAUCAGGCUCUGGAGACGCUGUUACCUGA